UUCCCUCCAGCUGGUGGUGGGGGACCUCGGCCCAGAUGGGCAGCAGCCCCGCCUGAAGGUGCUCAAAGGACUGACAGUGCUGACCGAAAGCUCACUACCUGCCCUGCCAGCCGCGGCUGCCACCUUCCUCAUGGAGCAACAUGAACCCCAAACUCCAGCUCUGGCCAUCGCCUCGGGCCCUUGCGUCUAUGUGUAUAAGAACCUUAGACCCUACUUCAUGUUCAGCCUGCCUCCACUGCCGCCAAACCCUCUGGAACAAGACCUUUGGAACCAGACCAAGGAGGACAUGAUCGACCACCUAACUCUGAAGGAGAUGCUGGAGGCCAUCCGGGAGAAGGCAGAGGAGCCUUUGUCUGUACAGUCGCUCAGGUUUCUGCAGCUGGAGCUGAGUGAAAUGGAGGCAUUUGUAAACCAGCACAAGUCCAAGCCCAUCAAGCGGCAGACAGUCAUCACCACCAUGACUACUUUGAAGAAGAACCUAGCUGACGAAGAUGCUAUGUCUUGCCUGGUGCUGGGCACUGAGAACAAGGAACUCCUGGUGCUUGACCCUGAGGCCUUCACCAUUUUGGCCAAGAUGAGCCUGCCCAGUGUCCCCGUCUUCCUGGAGGUUUCUGGCCAGUUUGACGUUGAGUUCCGGCUUGCUGCAGCCUGCCGCAACGGGAACAUCUAUAUUCUGAGAAGAGACUCCAAGCGCCCCAAGUACUGCAUUGAGCUGAGCGCCCAGCCUGUGGGACUUAUCCGAGUACACAAGGUCCUGGUGGUGGGCAGCAACCAAGACAGCCUGCACGGCUUCACCCACAAGGGAAAGAAGCUGUGGACUGUGCAGAUGCCUGCAGCCAUCCUGACCAUGAACCUCCUGGAACAGCGCUCCCGGGGCCUGCAGGCCGUCAUGGCCGGGCUGGCCAAUGGAGAGGUCCGCAUUUACCGAGACAAGGCCCUACUCGACGUCAUCCGCACCCCGGAUGCAGUGACCAGCCUGUGCUUUGGCCGCUACGGGCGGGAAGACAACACCCUCGUCAUGACUACUCGAGGUGGUGGUCUGAUUAUCAAGAUACUGAAGCGUACAGCAGUGUUUGUGGAGGGGAAAGGUGAGGUGGGCCCCCCACCAGCCCAGGCCAUGAAACUCAACGUGCCCCGAAAGACCCGCCUUUACGUGGAUCAGACGCUGCGAGAGAGGGAGGCCGGCACUGCCAUGCACCGGACCUUCCAGACAGACCUCCACCUGCUGCGCCUGCGGGCUGCCCGCGCCUACGUGCAGGCCCUCGAGUCCAGCCUGAGCCCCAUGUCUGCGACAGCUCGGGAACCACUCAAGCUGCACGCCGUGGUUCAGGGCCUGGGCCCCACCUUUAAGCUCACACUCCACCUGCAGAACACCUCGACAGCCCGACCCGUCCUGGGGCUGCUGGUCUGCUUCCUGUACAACGAGGCGCUCUAUGCCCUGCCCCGGACUUUCUUCAAGGUCCCCUUGCUGGUGCCAGGGCUCAACUACCCCCUGGAGACCUUUGUGGAGAGUCUCAGUAACAAGGGUAUCUCAGACAUGAUCAAGGUAGGUCACCUGUUAGUACCACUUGGAGGGCAAGUAGGACCCUAGGGAGGACAGUAAGGGUGAGCGUGGACAAGGCCCUCAGGGGGCUUCUGGGUAGGGGUGGGGGGUGUGUGCACAGUAGAGCCCUGAUGGCCUGUCAGUAGGGCCAGUGCAGACCAGGCAGGGGGUAAAGGGUGCAUGCCUCCUACUGCCACAGACGCUUCUCCAUAGGUGCUGGUGCUUCGAGAAGGCCAGAGCGCCCCCCUGCUGAGUGCCCACAUCAACAUGCCUGUGAGUGAGGGGCUGGCGGCAGC